UCUCUUCCGCACCCGUAGAAUCCACAGACUUAUAUCAGAGCUGGGCCCAUAAACAAGCUGCAGAGACGAUCCCAGAACCGAUCUGUGGGAUCUUUUUUAAUGAUCUGCAUAUUUUGGCAACAUAAUUAACGGUGAAAGAAUGUGAAAAGUAGCGAAACGUAACGCGAAAGCCAGAAACACUCCAGCACGAAAAGAAAUACAUAUAACAAUCCACACCAACUGCUAUAAAGAAAGGCCAGAGAGAAAGAGGAGAAAUAAUCGUAACGAAGAAGGUUUCUACGCGCCUCGCGUGGCUGCUCACCUUUCAGUUCUCCAUCUCCGCUCCGUCCAAUCAGUGCUGUGCGGUGCAGACUCGAUUCUCUAUCCAUAAACCUAUCCUAAUAAUGUAAAAGAAACCCAACGACGAUUACUCAAUACUCAAGAGACAAUUGAAUCCCUGGAAUACGGCAAUACGGAUAAACGUGAUAAACAAGUUAAACCAUUUGGAGGGUCCCCAUGAUUUGGAUAAUGGGUGAACAGCUCAGACGGCGAUUACUUCGGAUGCUCUGGGCGCUCUACAUUAUCCUCGGCAUCUGGCAUUCUUCAGCGGCACUAACUGUCGAUAAUCAGUUGGUUUCCGCGCGCAAUGACUGCUUCGAGCGGAUUGCACUGGAGGCGAUGCUGCCAUUUGAGAAGACCUUCCGCACCGAAGACACCAACUCGCUGAAGAUGUGCAAGGAGAAGUGUCUGCAGGCGGGCGAGAAGUGCCAGGCCAUCUCAUUCGGUGUGCAUCGACGCGGAAACGGCACAUGUCAGUUGUCGUCGGAGCAGUACGGCUCGGGCGGCGGUGGGCGGCCGGGAGGGGUGAUUUUCGAUCCCGACUUUGAUUUAUACACUCGCAAGACGAACUGCUUCGACCUGAGCGACAAUGCGAUUGCCCCCGGAUCGGGUCCCAGCCCCAUCAGCCACGGACCAACCCCAGCGAACUUGCCUAAUCGUCCGCUGGACGUGGGCAACACUCCAGUGCUGGUCGUGAACCCCAACCCCACUUCGCACACGGACGAGCCGCCGCUGCGGCUACCCACGAUCUCUACGCCGUCGGUGGGUCCGGGUCCGGGUGCGGGUCCGGGUCCCUCACCCUCACUGCCGCCGCCCCCUGGUCUCGGCGAUCGCUUGUACUUCUCGCACGACUUGUAUCCCCUGUACAAAUACCCCGCCCUCUACGAGAACAACUAUCCGGCUCCCAACGAGGAUGUCUACAUCCCAGGCGGGUACGCGGCCAACGCCCCCGAGGUGGAGGACCACUAUCACCGACCCCACUAUGGUCCACCUUCCCUGGAAGAGGAGGGCGUGCGUCCGACGCCCCACGGCCCCCCGCGCCCCAUCUUCGGACUGGGAUACGGAAACGGCUACAGCUACGGCAGCCCGGAGCGGUACACACCUCCAACCAUGCGACCUCCGAGCGCGUCCUCGGAUGACCGGCCCCAGUAUGCAGCCAGGCCUCCUAGUCCUGACUAUCCGUCUCCCCCACCUAGGCCGUACGACACCGACAGCUCCACACCACAAUCGUACGGACCGCGACCCAGUCCCAGCUACGAGCCUCACCGCGAGCCCAGGCCGGACUACACCAAUCGACCCGAUCCGCCGUUGCAGCCUCCACACAGCGGCGACGAUUACGUGCGACGAAAUGGAAGCGCAAUGCGGCCUGGGGACGGGUAUGGGGGAUACAGUUUGGACGAUGACAAGACCAUUGCCACCUACUUCAAUCCCGAUGACUACAUGCAGGCUAACGGGAACAGGAACGGGAACCACAAGCGACCUUUGGGCGACAGAGACAGGGAUAGAGAUCGCCUUGGGUAUCCCAUGGAAGAGCUAAACGCCUGCUUCCGUCGAGUGUUGGCGGGGAAGCGGAUCGCGCCCCAGUGGGUGCGUCGCUCCAUCUCCUGCGAGCGGGUAGAGGAGUGCAUGCGGGAGUGCGGCCAUGAGAGGAGAUUUAUGUGCGAGGGUUUCAACUACAGGCUGGACCCCUCCGGACACGGCCAGGGUGACUGCGAGCUGAUCGAGAUGCCAUUGUCGCAGAUGGAUCUUUACUCCAGUGCCAAUCGGCGGGACUCGAAUCUACUGCGGCAUCCGGACUAUGAUUACUACGAGAGGGAUCGCAAUGCGCCGUCCAGUUGUCGGCGCAAUGCCUGCCAGGACUGCUCCAAGGGGCCCUUGAGCAGCAAACCCAUUUACCUGAAGCCCAGCACGGGUCCAGGACCCAGCAGCAGUGGCAGCGCAUUCGGAGAUCGGGAUCGGGAUCGCGACAGGGAUAGGAAUCACUUUCGGCCACCGUUACCAAGUAGCACAGCAGUUGACCAUUAUCGAGGGUCGUCGCAGGACCAUCAGCCGGGAAGCUCCUAUGAACAUCGUCCAUUCUCCUCCGAGUACCAUGGCUCGCACUCCGCUUCUUCGUCUUCGUCUUCGUCGUCGUCCUCGUCCUCGUCCUCGUCCUACGAGCUCUCCUCACAUGGGUCCGGCUCCGGCUACUUUGGGCACACCCCACCCAGCAGCUACGGGAGCGAUCACUCCUAUGUAGAUCGGCAUGAUCCCCCCCGCUUUGGUCCAGGGCGGCCUGAUCGCUGGGAGACGUUGCCGAGCAGUUCUGGAUACGAUGGCUCUGCGUACAGGCCACCAAGACCCGAAACAGAUCGCAUCGACAAAUACCGACCGCCCUAUAGGCCGGGCCCGGACUUCUCUCCAUAUCGGCCGCAUGAGCCAAGCCGUCCUGUGCACAAUUAUCUCGAUCGCGAUGGAUCCGGUGCAGGUCAUGGUCCAGGUCCUGGUCCUGGUCAUGGUCCUGGUCCUGGCUCCUACAAGAAGCCCAAUAAGUUUGUGCCGUACCUGAUCGGGGGCGAGGAGAACUGGGGGAACUAUGGCGGCAGCUACGGGGGCAGCAACAGCAAGCACACGUCUUACUGGGGUCUGAGCGAGUCGCAGCGGCGCAAGGACCAUGACUUCAACUACUUCCAGCUGGGUACAGGUGCACCGCAUCGAGAGUCCAACUCCGUGCUUGGCUAUCCGGGCUCCAGCUACGAGGACGACUACCCAAAGCGGCGCAACGAUUACAGACAACAAUGGACACGACGCCCCGGACCGGAUGAAUGCUCGGCGAAGACCAGCGAGGGCUUCCGACUGCACAAAACGGCCAUAAGGCACGCCUACAAUGUGCCCACACUGACGGAGUGCGAGCGACUCUGCUCGGACCAGAGGCCGAGUUUCAGCUGCCACACGUUCAGCUACCGGUACAACCAGGCGGGCAGGGACAAUUGCAUGCUCUGCGACAGGCCAGUCAACAUGCUGGACUACUACGUGGACAUUGAGCCAGAUCGGGACUAUGACAUAUACUCCAUGUCGGACGAUAUGGAUGUGUGCAGGCAGCCGCCCCGUCGCCACGACAUUCUUGCUCCCAACAGCAACGCCAACACGGCCAUCUCUGAUCCGCGAAACGCGCAGUGCUUCUUCCGGGCCAUCGACGCCACGCGCUUCUUCAAGUCUAUUGUGCGCGACUCCCUCACCGUGCGGUCCGUUGGGGAGUGCGAAAUGGAAUGCAUUCGUUCCACCAAAUUCACCUGUCGCGCCUUUGCGUACCGCUAUGGCCAGCAGCGGCAUGCGGGGAUCAUUGACAACUGCCAGCUGAGUGACUGGCCCGUGCGGGACAUGGACAAGGAGCGCCACCUCAUCCUGGACGCGGCCUUCGACAUCUUCGAACGCGCCAGCUAUGGCCAUGGAUGCGAGAUCCAGCCCAUCGUAGACGAGAAGCACAAGAAGCUUUGCUAUCUGGGCUAUGGCUCCCCCGCCAGGCUCCUCCCACCGGCCAUCAAGAAGGUGAUUUCGGUGCCUACGGAAAUGGCCUGCAAGAAGGAGUGCAUACGAUUCCGGGAGACUUCUCCCUUCAAAUGCUACGCCUUCAGCUACGGCUCCCACGCCAGCUCCCACAACUGCGAGCUCUCUGACCUCGAUCAGACGGAGCUGAAGCUCGACGUGCACUAUACGCACACCAAAGAGCGGGACUUCUGGCUCUUUGCUUGGAACCCCUUCGACUGGACCUGCCGCGACAAGGUGAACACGAUCGGGGGGUCGCGAGUGAACAACGAUCGCCGCAUGGACAUCUUCCGGGAACCUGGCGACGUGGCCUGGCGCCAUUACACGGUCUCCGGUAAACCCUGUCGCCGCAGCAGUCCCUGCGAGAAGAAUCUGAUCACAGGAUUUUACUCUUGCGAGACGGAAGGCUCGGAGGUUGGGUCUUGGGACUACUGUUGCAAGGCGGAUCAUCCGUGCGGCUACAGCAAGGGCUUCGAUUACCCCUGGUGUUUUGUGGGCGACGAGUCUGAUCAGUGGCGCAAAUGCAGCGAUCGCUACUAUCCCGGCAAGAACGGUACGCAGCCGACGCACUCGCACCUGGGUCUGGCCAGUCCCAAGGAGCAGCAGAAGCAAAAGCAUCAGCCACACUCACACCCCCACCCGCAGCCUGCGACCGCGGCGAGCGGCGAAUACAGCCAGCAUCCACCUCGUCCUGGCGGAUUGCAGAGUCUCAGCGAUUUUGCAGCCGCCCGCCUCUGGCCCGUCACCUACCUGUACAGCGAGGGCCCGCCCAAUGCCACGGAAUUUAGUAACUUUGUCGACUGCAACAAGGAGUCGUGCUAGGAUGUAGUGGUAAUCGCAGCAGGUCCUAUUUCGUUCCCCAUACGAUGUACCACACUCAGACGUACGUGAUAUGUGAACGUUCGAAAACGAGACAAAGGAAACUUCUCACGGAGUGUCAUUGUGAUCAUCAUUGAGAUUGGAUACUAUUGUCGUCAUAUUCAUGCAAAUACAAUUAACUUAUUCAUUUAGUUUCCCCUUAAUCUAACUCUAAUGACAGCUUGCGUGCUGACGAUACUUCGUUGUACUUUGACAUACUAUGAACAUAGAUAGGUUGACCAUGAACGCGUAUUAAUAAAAAUUAGCUUUAUGGAAA